AUGUCCGACAUCUACCUCUGCGCCGCGCUGGCGCUCGACGCCCUCGCUCAGCGCUCAACCUCGAUCCACGCCGUCUGCGCUGCUGUGCUUGCGGCGCACAGCAAGGCUACGGCAGACGCAGCGAGCACACGCCGCCCCGUCGAUGCGCGCCGCCUCACGGCCCUCGUCGCCAACACGCUCUCCUUCCGCAAGCCGCUCACCGCCAUCCUCGCCAGCGCAAAGACGCUGCAACUCGAGGCGGCCGCCUUCCGCAUCGCGCCGCCGCGCACGCACGCCUCGGCCAAGGGCAAGGAGCGGCAGCCCGACGGCGAGGACGGGGCCGCGACGCCGGCCGUGCCCACGCCGCACUCGCUCGCCCUCGUGCUGCUGCAUGACAUUCUGCUCUCGUCAACACGGCCGUCCGCCUCGGUCAACUGGCCGCCACGAGCGGCGCUCGAGCGACACCUCACGCGCCUCAAGUCCGAGCUGGCACGCCUGCGCGCCAAGGCCGGCGCCGCGUCGCUCGAGGAGCUGCGCGACCCCGAGGAGCGCCGGCAGCGCACCCUCGCCGCCCGCUGCCCGCGCUGGGUGCGUGUCAAUGGCCGCAGGAUGGCCCGCGCCCAGGCGGUGGAGCUGCUGGCCCAGCAGGGCUGGAGCGAGACGCACGACGAGGUGCUGCGAAAGGGCAAGCACUUCCUCGUCACGCCGCACCUGCCCGACGUGCUCGCCUUUGCCGGCAGCUCGACGUCGCAGCUGCUUGCGCAUCCGCUGUAUCAGGACGGCACGUUCAUCCUGCAGGACCUGGCCUCGUGCUUUCCUGCAUCCGUGCUGCUGGACCAGGACGCUGCCGCGCCGCUCAUCUGCGACGGCGAGCCGCUGCAUGUCAUCGAUGCCACGGCCGCACCGGGCAACAAGACGGGCCAUCUCUCCGCGCUCUUGGCUAGCUCUGCUGCACAUGCGUCGUCCAAGGUGUCGGCCUUUGAGCUGGCGCCGAACCGCUUCCGCACGCUCGUCUCGCAGCUCUCUCGCGCAGGCGCACUGGCGCCGACGUCGGUGCACCUGCUCAAGAGCGGGCCUGGACGGGGCAAGCCGAAGCCUGACGCAGCCGCCAAGCUGGCUGGCGCCGUCUCGCCGCGCCUGGCCGACUUUCUCGCCACGGACCCGCUCGACGACGAGUGGCAGGACGUGCGCGGCAUGCUGCUCGACCCCAGUUGCAGCGGCAGCGGCAUCGUUGGGCGCAUGGAGGUCGCAGACGCCGAGCAAGAAGAGGAGACAUCCUCGGAGGAGACGCAGGCCACGCGUCUGGCCAGCCUUGCCGCCUUCCAGCUCUCCAUGAUCGACCACGCGCUGCAGUUCCCUAACCUGCGUCGGCUGGUCUACUCGACGUGCUCCAUCCAUGCCGAGGAGAACGAGCGCGUGGCGAUUGCGGCGCUGGCGCUGCCUCGUGCCGGAGGCUGGCGGCUUGCGCCUCGCAGCGAGGUCGUACCGACAUGGCCGGGACGCGGCCGUCCGGAGGAGUGCGGUGGCAACACGGCCUACGCCGAAGGCAUGAUCCGCUGCGACCCCGGCGGCUCGGUCGACGUGGCGCCGGGCGAGGUGCACGUUGGCGCGACGAACGGCUUCUUCGUCGCCUGCUUUGUGCGCGGCGAGGCGGACGACGCAGCGAGCGACGCCGAGCCUGCCGUAGCCGAGGCGGCACUCACGGGCAAGCGCAAGCGCAACAAGGAGAAGAAGCUCAAGCAGAAGAAGCGCAAGCGAGAGGCGGAGGCCGCGAAAGACGAGCCGCCGCCAACGGAGGCCAAGCCGAAGCGCCGCGCUCCUGCGUGA